UGGUAAGAACCUUAAUGUAGAAGGAAGAUUAAAAUAAUCGAUAUGUUCUCUUGAUCUGUUUCUCUCUCAUUGUAUAUAUAUGAACUGGCCGGCAUUUUUCUCUUUGGCCGGCAUUUUUCUCUUUGACCGAUCAUUAGCUCUUCAAAAAAAACUUGAUGAUCACAGCUCCAAAGAUAUCAAAAAUGGACAGAAGGAACUCCACACCUGAUGUUUCGCCGGAAUCUGCGGGUGAUUCCCAGAGUGCAAACUUCAUCCCCAAUAACCAUACCCAAUCGGUCUUGACAAUGCAUACUACCAGCACAGAACAACACAUACUCGUCAGGCUUGGCUCUUUUUUUGAUUCGCUACUCGCUGGUAAGGCAGUUAUAGACACAGUAUGCUCGGAAUAUGUGCAACUAUCGAGUAUGAAGAAUGACAAACUCAAACAUGUUUUCCUCAAGGAUUACAAUGAAUAUAGCUCCAAUAUGCUGAGUUUUUUUUCUGAAUUGGAUGCGUUCAUAAAAUUAGCUCGUGAAAAGCAUUCAUUUAUUGAAUAUAGGGUUAACCGUUGUAGAAAUACAGAAUCUGAUAUGGGAUUGCAGGACUUGAUGGGGACUUCAGAAACAUUGAAGCGUAUCCAGGCUUCUUUUGAUGAGACUUGUAACAGACUAGUGCUUGAAAAGGUUCAGCCUUUGUUGGAUCAACAGGACAAAUGGUUUUUUACUGUUAGUCUCGAAAUAGAGAAACUUGGUCAGAAAGAAGCUUCUACCCGUUGUUUUAACCAGGCUAACGAAAUACUAUCAAUGGCGAUUUGUUCUGGUAAGGUCAUUUCCAAGAUCUUUACAGCAUAUGGAAGCUCUAGAGUUAUCGAUUCAUUUUUUGCUGUUAUCAAAGAAGAAGCGGCUUCUCUAUGUCAUUUGAUAUCCAGAGUUUUUAAAGCAUGUGCAGGGGUUAAACUUAAAGAUAAGGAGAUUUAUAACUCAUACAUCCAAAAAGAAACGAUGGCUGGUGUUAUGGAAUUGACCGAAUUUAAGCUUUUCAUUGAUAACAUUGGGACUGCGUUUGGUUCAGUUGUUGUGAAUGAUGAGUAUUUAACUCAAGGUUAUGUCGAUUUCGCGAUGACAAAUUUGGAAGGUAAGCUGAACAAUUAUUUGGAGACAGUUAAGGAAUUCGAGGUCAAAAUAGCUGCAUGCCGGGCCAAAACUACGAAAGCAAGGGAAGACAUUAAGACCUCUAGUUUGAAGUAUAAAAUCGAUGUUUAGGUGUCUAGCUAGGUUGAUGAUUCUCUUGUGCUGAGUUGGUCUAAGAUGCAACAUAAAUUCUUGUCUUCCGUUGCUGUGUACCAUCUGUAAGUCGUAAUUUCGGUGGGUGUUCAUCUAACCUUCAUGUUGUUUAUGGUCUCCAACUCUCCAUGCAUAUCAUACCACUAUGGCUAUUCUUCGUUUUCUUUUUGCAAUGAACUGUCCGUCUUUUUUCGAUAUAUAUAGAAGUAAACAAACAAACACCCAGAAAUCCUACAAGACAAAAACCCCAUCACCAACCCCCUGCUGGUAUUACUUGUUGGAUCGAUACUCAUGAUGCAAAUCAUAAUGUAUGCUUCUUGAUGCAAAUCAUCUAUUCAAUCAGUACAAUCCAAUUUACAUUUAGGAUUGAAAUAUCUAUAGUAUAAUAU